AUGGACCGCACCAGCGACUUCGUGGGCAUCACGGUGCUCUUUGAGACUGGCCAGACAAAACCGCAGACUCACCGUCCGCUAUCCCGCGAUGCGCGUCUUGCGCAGCAGAUCUCGGACCAGCUACGACAGCAGGAGCUGUGUCUGCGUGAGCUGCUGGAGCUCGUAGGCAAGAAGUCCAUCAUCGGUGACGACCCCAGCGCGCAGAUCGCGACGUUGACUGACGUACUAAAAAAGGAGCUAGGCGCCGUGGAGCGCAGCAUCCAAAUGUUCCAGCAGACCGUCAAUGUGCAGCGGGGUCGCCAUCAGCAGCACCACCAGGCGCACUUCACUAUCGUUUGCCAGUCGCUCAAAUCGCGCUGUGCCAAGGGUGUCAAGGCAUUUCACCAAGCGCUCCAACAACAUACUGCGGCUAUUCGCGAACGCAGCACUAGGCGCAGUAAAUUUUCGCAUGGAGGAGGCAAUCCCAUGGUACACAUCAACGCGCCGCUGUUCUCGCGCACAGGUUCGGCAGGUGUGAAUGGACGCCAGGUGCUGCCAACGAACAAUGGAGCUCCAUUGCAGCCGCAGCGGCAUCAGCCACCGGGACGAUCUACCGCUGCAAGUGGAUUUCAGACAUCACCAGCCCCUACACCGCCUAAGCCAGGAGCAGCGCCGGCAUUGAGUCCGCCAGCUCCUGGAGCAGGGCUUCGUCGUCGUGGCAACCUUGGAGCUAGUCCGUUUAUGCAGCAGAGAACAACACCUCCGGGAAGUGGCGCGGGGGUACAACAGCAGCAGUAUCGUCCUCGUGAAGACGCUCAAACAAGGUACAAUAAUGCAGCGCAGGUGGAGAGCACCAUCGUGGAGAUCACUGGCAUGUACACUCGAAUGGCGACAAUGGUUGCUGAGCAAGGGGAAAUCAUAUCGCGCAUCGAUGACGACAUGGACAUUGCGCAAACCAACGUGGAAGCAGCGCAUGGCGAAUUGUUGAAGCUCUUCAACAUGGUGCAGGGCAAUCGAUCCCUGAUCCUCAAAAUCUUCCUCGUGAUGAUCCUCGUCAUUUUUCUCUUUGUCGUAGUCUUCUAA